AUGAAAAGAUCAUCAAUAAAUCAGAAUCUUAAACGUGGCCGACCACGUAAUGAAGAUAUAUCGAAUCUAAUUCUAACUGGUUCAAAUUCAUUAUCAUCGAUAAAAUGCGAUAUUUGUCAUCGUACAUUUCCAAGAGAAAAAAGUUUACAAGCACAUUUACGUACGCAUACUGGUGAACGACCAUAUCGUUGUGAUUUUUCGGGUUGUGGUCGUGCAUUUGCACAAUCCGGCCAGCUUCGAACACAUCAACGAUUACAUACGGGUGAAAAACCAUUUAUUUGUCGACAACAAAAUUGUACGAAUCGUUUUACACAUCCAAAUCGUCGUUGUUCAAUACAUCCAACAGUUGGUGUACGAAGAAUUGAACCUGUUCAACCGGUUAAUCGAAAUAGUUUCGGCAAUAGUGCGAGUGCAUCAAGAAAAUUGGAUGCAGAAUUGAGUGCUGUUGAUGCUACAAAUGUUACGGCUGUUCCUGAAACAUCAUCAUCGAUACAAUCGAUUAUGACUGAUAAUCUAUCAUCAUCGAUACCAUCGAUUAUUGCUGAUAAUCAACAAUCGAUAUCUUCAUCUAUUUGUAAUAAUGAUGAAAAUAAUUUAGAAUUAUUAGGUGCAUUAGCAUUAAUGGAAUUGGCUAAUGGAAUUAAAAAUAAAUCAUCAUCAUCGACAACAGCGACAGUGAUAAAUUGA